AUGGCGGCGGUUGUUCUCAUCAGAGUAGAUAUAUUAAUUAGUCUGUUAAUUAUCUAUCUCUUUAUCUAUCUAUCUCAAUCUGUUAAUAUGUAUCUAUCUAUCUAUCUAUCUCAAUAUGUUAAAUAUCUCAAUCUGUUAAUAAAUAUCUAUCUACCUAUCUCAGUCUUCAUAUCUAUCUAUCUAUCUAUCUAUCUAUCUAUUCAUGAGUGCUUUCAUCCAAAGGAAUCCAAAGUGGUUUUUGUGAAAGCAAGAUGGCGGAUCGGGCGGACGGGCGGAAAGUAUAGUGGUGUUAGUGACGGCAAAAACAGAUCAAGGCGGAUAAUGAAUGUAAUUGCUAAUUACCGUGAACGCAGUCGUGUCUCGGAAAGAGGUCCUCACCACGGACCUGCUUGUGUGAAGGACACUCUUACAGUGGCUGUUUGCCUAAUGAGUAUUUCUGUCGCUAGGGGGCGUGGCUUCAAACCUUUUCUUUCUUUCUUUCUUUCUUUCUUUCUUUCUUUCUUUCUUUCUUUCUUUCUUUCUUUCUUUCCAACGCUGCUCUAA